AUGGACACUCAAUUAACUGAAAAACAAGUGUCGAAAUCCGGUGAAUUAACUGAAGUGACUGUGGAUUCAACAUCUGAAGUUAAUUUAUCGACUGUAAUGAAUAAUACUUCAGAAUCACAAGCACAACAACAAAAUACUGCAAUUAAUAUAGAUGAUCGUUUUGGUCCUAGUUGUGCUUCUGUUUUAUCGGACAUCGAAAUUUUUGACAACAUAAUUAAACGAAGUAAAUGUGUAGAUCGUUAUCGACGAUUGUACCUUUUUAUAGGUUGUAUUCCAACACUUAUUAUUACAUGUUCAAUAUGGAUUAUAUGGGCCUGUAUAAAUUGUGACGAGAACGUUUCUCUAUGUAAAACAUCGCACACAUUACAUACAGUUGGUAUUGUAUUCGCUUGUAUCACUGCUUUGAUAUUCUUUUGGGCCAUUUAUUAUGGUGCGAAACAUUAUAUGAAUGGACGAAUUUAUGCAAUUUUACGGAAUAAUGUUCGUUAUUUAAUUAAACUGGAAGGUGAACAAUGGAUUUCAUACGUUAAUUAUUUAUACGGACCUGAUCGUGCGGGUUUUACGCAUUUAGGAGCUGUUGGAGCUUUUACAUUUUGUUGUUGUCGUCGGCCACAUUACCAACAAUUGAUUGAACGAGGUUAUGGUUAUAUCGUCUUGUGUAAACAUGGUUUUUUACUUGAUGAAAUGUUCAGUGUCGUUCGUAAUGAUACACACAACAUUUUGAAAGUGGUACAUCUUUUGGGUACAGGAUUAAGGGUACUUCCUGAAUUUCUCGGUGAAGAUGUUAUUAAAGAUAAAGGUCUUUGUUGUCGAUUUGUUAUUUCUAAUGUUCCACGUGAUGCACCUGUUACUGAACCUGCUAUUCCAUUAGCUAUAUUUCAAUCAGAACAAUCUAUACGUAAUCAUUAUUUACGUAAAUGGUUACGUCUUUCAACUGUUGAUAAUCUUGAUAUACUCAUCACCAUUCCAGCUGCUUUACAAAAUAUUCGUAAUCCAGUACCACGUGUAUCACAUCCUGAUUGGCCAACAAACCGAAUCAUCAAUAAAAUUAAUAAAAAAAACAACAAAAAAAAAACAUUAAAACGUAAACGUGAUGAUUUAAAUGAUAAAACGAUAACACGUCAAUGGAGAAUUGUUCUUGAUUCACCAUCAUCAUUUGGUCAAACAACCUAUGAUAAUUAUCGUACAUCAAUUGAAAACAAUAAUAAUAAUAAUAAUAAUGCACAUGAACAAUUAAAACAAACCCAACCAUCAAGUGGUUAUGAACGUACAAUUAAUAAUUGUUCAAAACAUGUCAAUCGUUUAUUACCACGUUGUCCACAAGCUUAUUAUUUAGAUGAAUAUUAUUUAGAUGAAAAUCAUUUUCAUGAUUAUUAUACAGAUAUAAUGACAGAUUUAAGUAAUCCAAAUAUUGAAGGUGUUUAUGAAAUGAAUGUACCAUUAGAUUUUCGUUUACUUGUUACACUUGAUUGUAUAUGUUCAUUACGUAAAGAACAAUAUCGUACAAAUAUGCUUUCAAAUUUAUAUCAAUAUGAUGAAUUAGAAUUUUUAUCAUUAUCAGAACAAACAGAUUGA